UAAUGUAAUCACUGACAGCAAACUGAGCGGAUGCUUUUCUCUGAAGAGCAUGAUUCUUUCCGGAAAUAAAACUCCGUUGCACCAGCUGACUGCCAUAGACAAAUGGCGCUCCCGGUAUUGUUGGCACGACUGGCGUAGUGAGAAAGUCUUUGGCUAUUAGCGUUUGUUUAAUUCUGUCCGGUAGACAUUAUGGAUGAAGAACCAGAGAGAGCCAAGCGCUGGGAAGGGGGCUACGAGAGGACAUGGGAGGUGCUGAAGGAGGACGAAUCUGGCUCACUCAAAGCCACGGUGGAGGAGAUCUUGUUCCAGUCCAAAAGGAAAAGGGUGAUAGAGAGCCAUGGACAAGUAAGGCUUGGAAUGAUGCGUCACCUCUAUGUGGUGAUUGACUGUUCAAGAAGUAUGGAAGACCAGGACUUGAAACCAAAUCGCCUCACCUCUACUCUAAAGCUGAUGGAAGCUUUUGUCGAAGAAUAUUUUGACCAAAACCCCAUCAGUCAGGUGGGCAUUAUCACCACAAAGAAUAAAAGGGCUGAGAAGCUGACUGACCUGGCAGGAAAUCCAAAGAAGCACACUGAUGCUCUGAAGAAAGCUGUGGACACUGUGUGUGUAGGAGAGCCAUCCCUGUACAACUCUCUUAACCUGGCCAUACAGACCCUCAAGCACAUGCCUGGACAUACGAGCCGGGAGAUCCUGAUCAUCCUCAGCAGCCUCACCACAUGUGAUCCAGCCAACAUCUACGAGCUGAUCAAGACCCUGAAGUCUCUGAAGGUGAGGGUGUCGGUGAUUGGACUGUCAGCAGAGGUCCGUGUGUGUACAGUGUUGACCAGGGAGACGGGCGGCUUGUACCAUGUUAUCCUGGACGAGAGUCACUUCAAAGAGCUGCUGAUGCUGCAUGUCAAACCUCCUCCAGCCAGCUCCUCAUCUGAAUGCUCUUUAAUACGCAUGGGUUUCCCUCAGCACACCAUCGCCUCUAUUACUUUCCAAGAUGCCAAGCCUUCGUUCAGCAUGGCUCAUCUGGACAGCGGCAGCGGCCCAGGUCUGUCUCUGGGAGGAUACUUUUGUCCGCAGUGUCACGCCAAGUACACAGAGCUUCCCGUGGAGUGUAAAAUCUGUGGUUUGACUCUGGUGUCAGCCCCCCAUCUUGCCAGAUCCUUCCACCACCUCUUUCCGCUCCAAGACUUUAUAGAGAGUGCUGUGGAGGAGCUUCAAGGAGACAGGUUCUGUCAAGCUUGUCAAGGGGAGUUGAAAGAUAAAAGUAUAUUUAUCUGCCCAUCAUGUUGCAGUGCGUUCUGUGUGGAGUGUGAUCUCUUCAUCCACGACUCGCUGCACUGCUGCCCCUGCUGUAUUCACAAUCAGAGCGCCCCCUGAAGCUGACUGUCUGACAGUGGUCAGACUCAGCGGUCAACAAGGGCUCAAUGAAUUUGCUCUUAUUGGCUCAUCAUAUCCUUCAUAUUAGUCUUGUCCACCUCUGAUGGGACAUAUAUGAUGCACACAGGCUGUCAGUGGACCAUCCAAAUGGUCAAAGGUGUUGAAAGAUUACCACAAAAUAUUGGAUAAUUUCAGUUGAUCCACAUGGUAGUUGGAAGCAGUUGUUUUCUUGCUAAAGAUGAUACCAAGUUGGAGCAAAGCUCCUGUCUGCUCUGUGAACUGCAUCUGAGCCAUUAUAUAUGUCAGAACUGUUUUGUACUACAAUUCUGUUGGUGACAUGGUAAUAAACAUAUUUUUUUGAAAUUGAAA